UUGAGGCACCGAACAACCCAAAAAGGACAAACCGUCGUCAAUAUUUAACCAGGCGGUUCAGACAUUAACGAGAACCACAGUCCAAAUACACCGAUAAGAAGAAGAACAAGAACCAGUACAGUACUCCUGUAGUACCGUAGCAGUAGUAGUAGUAGUAGUCAUCGUAGUAGUUAACUAGCAGUACAGAAGCGGCUGUCGUCAUGUUGAGUUACGGGGCCCGGAGAAUCUCGUCCCGCUGGCUAACAGCAUGCCUCGGUCGCGGAGGAUCCUGGCCGAGCGGGGCCCGCGGCCUGAGCUCGGCCGGCGUGCGGCUUGACCUGAGCGGGGUGUACCCUCCCAUCGUGACCCCCUUCACCGAGCGGGAGGACGUCGACUACGACAACCUGGAGCACAACCUGCACAAGUACGCGAAGAUUCCCUUUAAAGGUCUGGUGGUGCAGGGCUCCAAUGGCGAGUACCCUUACCUGACGGAGGAGGAGCGCGUGGAGGUGGUGAAGAGGGUCCGACGCUCGAUGCCCGCAAACAAGCUGCUCAUUGCCGGGUCCGGCUGCGAGUCCACUAGAGCCACACUGGAGCUGACGGCCAAGAUGUCAGCAGCCGGCGCCGACGCCGUCCUGGUCGUGACGCCGUGCUUCUACAAAGGCAAGAUGGACUCUCAAGCCCUGCUGCAGCACUUCAAUAAGGUGGCGGACGACAGCGCGGUUCCGGUGAUCCUUUACAGCGUCCCGGCCAACACAGGCCUGGAGCUGCCGCUGGACGCAGUUGUGCGUCUGUCCGAACAUCCGAACAUCGUAGGACUCAAGGACAGCGGCGGAGACAUCACCAGGAUGGGCCUGAUGAUCCACAAAACCAAAGGUCAGGACUUCCAGGUUCUGGCAGGCUCGGCCGGCUUCCUCAUGGCCGCCUACUGCGUUGGUGCAGUGGGCGGAGUCUGCGCACUGGCUAACGUUCUGGGUGUGCCGCUAUGCGACUUGGAGCGUUUGUGCAUGUCGGGUCACUGGGACCAAGCCCGAGAGCUGCAGCGGCGACUCAUCGAACCCAACGCCGCUGUAACCAGGAGGCUGGGUGUGCCCGCCCUCAAGCAGGCCAUGGAUUGGUUUGGCUUCCACGGUGGCGUCUGUCGUUCGCCUCUUCGGCCACUCGAACCCGAACAGAUGCAACAACUCCGACAAGACUUCGCCUCUAAUGGAUGGCUCUGAAUGCAAAUGUUUGGGUUCAUUAAAUACAAAAAGCACAACAAUAAACCUACGCUACUCACAAAUGUUUGUCAACGGCAAAAUUUUAACAGGACGUUCGAGACUGGAAGAGUCACAGAAAGGUAUAUUUGUGUAAAUCCUUGGAAUUAAAAACAAACAAACAUGAAUUUUUCUGUUCAGCUAAGGUAGAGAAGAGGACGCUAUGCAAAAAGUACUGAAACGCUCAACAGUUGGACAUGUGCAUUCAAAGGUUCAGAGAAGUUCAAAUUA